ACGGGCUCGGGAUUGUGUGGGGUUAUGUCAGCAAUGACAAAUAUUGAUUUAUCAGUGUAUUUACUCAAGUGGUUGCGUCCACUGAUUUGUUAACUACCUACUGAGCAGAAUGUUAACUGUGAGGAGUAUGUGCCCAAAAACAAACGAGCUGAUGCAGAUGAAUGGAAUGAGUGUGGAUGUGAUCAUUAUUUAAGGUGAUGAAUAAGAAGAGGCUAAAAAAUGUGGGAGGGCGGAGAUGGGGGAGUCACAGAGAGAGGGGAUGGGAUUAGAAUGAGAAGUACUGCGUCUGUUGUUUCCUCUCCGGCAUUUCUAAAGGAGCAAAGAAAAAUAAUGUAAAAAAAAACCCUGUGUCAUUCAUUAGUUGCAGCUUCUGUACAGGUCUGCAUGUGUUCUCUUUUAGUUGUGAGUCCAUUCACAAAGGAGUCACAUCUACUCCAGCUGUAGUGUUUUGUGUCAGACAGAGAGAGAGAGAGAGAGAGAGAGAGAGAGAGAGACAGAGAGAGAGAGAGAGAGAGAGAGAGAAAAGAGAGAGAGCGGACAGGCUCGCAGGGAAAAUCUCGGGGGCAACAGAUCUGGUUUGUUCGGCUGAAGCACCAAACACGGGAUGGAUUUCUGCACAACGUGAACGAGCGGGGAGCAGCUGCCUCACACAUAAAAAGCCAGGAUGUCAGGGAUGGACGUCCCAUUAGUGGACCAUAACGAGACUGGAAUCUCUUCGGUAGACAACGGGACUUUCCUCCGUUUCUCUCCGACCUCCUCCUCCACGUCGGCGGCUGCUGCUUCGUCUCCGGGACGUCCGGGCAACGUUUACGUCUACGUGUGGCUCUUCCUCGGCCUGCUGGUGUUCCUGCUGACGCUGCUCAUCAUCUCCCUCCACAGGCUGAAGAACAUCAUCUCCUCCUCCUCCUCUGUGCCCGACUGCAGCAGUGAGGGAGGGAGCUCCUUCACCAACAUGGAGAUCUGCAGCAUCUCGUCUCAGAGGUCCACCAUCUCCUCGCUGUCCACCUGAGGGGAAUGUGAAGGCGCACAUAUAGAAGAGACACACAUCUAUGUGCUCUCCUUCGUGCGUGACAGCCUCCACACUGUGACAUACAAACACGAAAACACUUUGUCAGCUGCAAAGAUGCUGACAACAUGGUAUUACACUCCAUGCAUGCAUUUUCUAAUCCUGAUGGUCCAGUAAUUCUGGAGAGUCCGUGCAAUUACCGAGGGCACGGGGGAAAUAUAGCUCACAAUGAAGUGAUGAAGAGGUCUUGAGGGGUGAGAGUGACCCUUCCGAGUUUUACAAUUAAGACAAAUGAACCUGAGAAACUGCUUUCUAUAUGCAGGAAAAACAUAAUAAGCAACUGCUAUCGUUCCUCCCCCGUCUUGUGUUGUACGUGUCAUUUACUUUAAAAAAGCGCAUUGUUUUAAGGUGAAGUUUUGUACAGCAUGUCUCAUAAUGUCUGCAGAUUACAUUGCAAAAACAGCAUCAUAAUAACAUUAAAUAUUACUUUGUACAGAAA